GUCGCUAUUAUGUGAAAAUCGAAUUGAAGAAUAUGAUGCAUUACGAAUUCGUAUGGAAAUUACCACAGAAACAUCUAUAUCGUCUCAACAAUUACCUCCAUUGACAAUUCUUGAUGCUAUUAACUUUGCGGCUGAGGCAUGGAAUCGGGUAAAACCAAGAGUUAUACAAUCGUCGUGGCACAAAAGUGGAAUUUUGCCACCGACGGUGCAGUCACCAUAUUCAAUGGCAAAUGAAACUGAAGAAAAUCUCGAAUCUGAAGUAAUUAAUUUAGUAAAACAACUACCAUUAGAAGAAUCCAUGAUUGCAGUUCGUGAAUAUAUUAAUUUGGAGGAAGAAACUUAUAAC